AUGGGAGGCCAUGGCGGUCUAAACAUUCUCCCGCAGAAGCGUUGGAAUGUGUACAAUUACGAUAAUCGAGAGAAAGUCAAGCGAGACGAGGAAGCCGCCGCCAAGGAGGAGCAGCUGAAGCGAGAGCAAGCCCGCAAGCGCGAUGCUGACUCUCGCCUCGAGAAACUCCGCCAAGCUCGCGGCUUUUCAAGCCCAGCCCUAGCCGCGGAGCCAUCCACGGCAAACCAAACUGUAUCAUCUGUCGAACCCCCCAAAUCUGAUUCCGACUCUAAGCACAUAAAUUUGUUUGAAGGGAUCAAAAUUUUCGAUCCAAUUAAAAUCGAUACAGGAAAGGAAGACGAGAAGAAAGGAAAAUUUAGUGGUUAUAACGCUAAUAAGAAGAUGAAGAAGGAGGAGACCGUGCGGGUAGUGGGACCCGAGGAUGAAAAGUAUAAGUUGGGGUAUGGGGUGGCCGGUAAAGGAGUCAAAUUGCCGUGGUAUAUGGAAAAGCGAGUAAGUGGUAAUGUGGAUGAGAAAAAUGGUGACGAGGAAUAUUAUGACGGUGAUGAGAGACAGAAGGUAAAUAAAAAGAGUGGUGGAAAGAAGACUGUGGAGGAGUUAAGGGAGGAGAGGUUGAGGAGAGAGAGAAAAGAAAAGGAAAGGGUAAGGGCUUUGAUCAUGGAGAAGUCAAGAAAAGAUGGAGGGUUUUCUUCGAGGAGGAGAUGA